GUCAUGAUGUGUUCGACGAUGGUGUAUUUGUAUUACUGCAUUCCCUGAAAAUUAAUCUAAAUAUAUAAAUAAGGGUGUCUAAUUUUGAAAAGAAGAUUUGGUAAAUAUGGCUACGUUAAUUCAAUCUUACGAGCAACAAUAUUCAGUGCUUACUGCGGACAUAACAUCUAAAAUUGGACGACUGAAGUUAGGCCACGAAGAUAAUCGCGAUCAGCUGACACGGGAAAUUCAAGCAAAUUUCGAGGAAGCGAAUGAUCUUCUUGAGCAGUUGGAGCUAGAGUCUCGCGGUAGCGCCGGUUCACGCGUAGCCGCAUAUCGGGCAGAGCUAAAGCGAGUGUGUGAUGAGUACCGCUCCGUCACCCACAAUACUGGAGGGUACACUGACGCCGAGGAAAACUUCGAUGACUGGACGUCAAACGACCAGCAACAGAAACUCCUGGACAACACAGAGCGGCUAGAACGAACAGGGAAGACUCUCACCGAGGGCUACAGGGUGGUCCUAGAGACGGAGCAGAUUGGAGCCACAGUGCUUCAAGACUUGAGUCUGCAAAGGGAGACUAUAGAAAGAUCAAGAGGAAGGCUCCGCGAUACAGACGAGCAGCUAAACCGCUCCUCCCGCCUGAUGAACUCCAUGAUCAUGAGAGCGCUGCAAGACCGCUUCGUGCUGGUCAUGGUCUUCCUUGUACUUGGUGUAUUGUUGUGCAUCAGCCUCUAUUUCUAUGUCACGUAGCACUGUUGGUAAGCGACAACUUAGAGGUUUGAAGUGAAAGGAGACGAUUGGAACAUUGGACAGCUCUGCGGACAUCCUCUUCACUUUCCUAGAAGGGCAAGAUCAUCGGCAUACCCAACACACCGGUGUCUGCCAUUUAACUCUACUCCGCCAUCGGGGAUUGUAGCCUUCCUAAUGACAUACUCGAGCACUAAGUUGAACAGCAUCGGGGACAGUGCAUCUCCUUGCUUAAGCCCUGUGAUAACGUGCCGACUCCCGUGCUGACAGUCAUUUUGCUCGUGCUGGUUGCGACUUAUCAUCCUCACCAGUUUGCCCGGUAUUUCAAAUAUUAUGUUAUGUUAUAAACAGUGCGGCUCUUCAGUCUCUUCACAGUACUUCCACGCUCACGUCUAAAGUAACCUUAUAUACAAAAGCAAAAAUGUCAGUCUAAUGGCAUUAUUCAUAAACGCGUUACUGGCCUGAAUUAGCUAUGAAUAGUUUGUCUUUAUCUGUCAUUUGGACUUAUAUAUUUGCAAGAACGGGAUAAAAAGUAAUUAAACAAAAUCAGGCCCGUUAUGAAUAAGGGUAUGUCUAUGCCUGUGAACACCGGAUGCGUGUGCGUAGACAUGCACGUGCGCUUUGUAAUAUGCAAAUACUUAUGAGAGACGGCACACUGCUUGCGUGACGUUUGCGUGCACGGCUCUAGCAUUUUCCGGUGUGUUUUGGUCCUUAGAUGUAGACGUAAGUGUUCUGGGCUGCGGCGCGUACUUUAAAAAUGGUUGCCAUUCCUAAUGAUUUUUUUGUUGGUUUGCUUUGUACAGUCGCCAUCAGAUAUAUCGGAGCGCCCGAGGUGCUCACAAAUAUCUGAACACGCCUCUAUUGUCAACGCGUUAGAGUGCGUGUUCAGAUAUUUUGAGCACCUCGGGCGCUCUGAUAUAUCUGAUGGCGACUGUACAGGCGCCAUCAGAUAUCUGAACACGCCUCUAUUGUCAAGGCGUUAGAGUGCGUGUUCAGAUAUUUUUGACCACCUUGGCCGCUCCGAUAUAUCUGAUGGCGACUGUACAGUUAACUAUAUAUCGUCGUAACAAUAGAGUUAUUAGUAACAACAUAUUAUUGAGCGUGUUUUUUGACUGCAAAAAAAAAAAACGUAAAUAACGUCUAUAUGUAUAUGAAUCAUAUAACUAUAUUAGCUAUUAUUUAUAUGAGCCAUUUAUUGGCGUUGUAUAUAGUAAGCAAAAUGUGUUUAAAAAAAAACAAGUAAUAAAUUAAAAACUAUAUAUUUAAAAAAAAGUGACGAAGCCCAGUGGUGAGGCCGGAAGUAAUAAAUUGUUUAGAAACUUGCAAUUCUCAUUUUACUAUUCUAAUCAAGUAAGUAUAAUUGAUUAGUAAAAUAAACUAUUCUAAUAACAUUAUUGUUAGAUAUUGAAGUAUUUGCUUAUGUACUCUUAACUGCAUUAACUAUAAACAUUGUAUUGAGAGAAACUAAACUAUUGAAAUAAAGAUUGUAAAACGUCCUCUGCCUUCCUUAUAAUAAGGUUAUAGUUAAAAGUAAAACAAUUUCAAGACCUCCUUUUAUUAAACUACAAGUUUACUUUGUUUGCGAGCGUCAUGGUAUUAAAAACUUUCUUAUAUUAACUUUCGUCCUGGCUUAAAGGACUCGCAUCCAGGCCAUAAAUGAUAAAAAAAAAAAAAACUCGUCCAACUUACUUGACAUUAUUAGUUAGGGUUAUUAAUGAAGAAGCUAUGCAUUUAGUUUAUUGAUUUUACUUGAGUCGUAUUAUGUAAGACUAAAAUAGAUAAAUAAAUGUAGAUAGAUCUUGAUUAUUUGUAUAUUUAACUGCGUUAUGUUAUUGUAAUCAUUAUCAAUUGAAAUAAAAUGAAAGUG